AUGAGCAGCGAAGCCUCCUCGGACAUCGAGAAGAGAUUCUCUGGAAUCGAACCAGCAUCCAAACAACCAGCAUCCAGACCGUCGAAAUGGACAUGGAAAAGGAUCUGGUGUAUCACAGGGCUGGCGAUCUUAGGGGCCGGAAUCCUGGCGAUCAUCAUCACCUUGCCGAUAGUCUUGCGGCAUCGCGGCGGAUCAUCGUCUAAUGAUGCAAUCCCGGAUCGACCUAAUGAUCCAACCCACCCACGGUUGGCUGUCGACAACUUUCCAGACCCAGGCCUUCUGGAACACAACGGCACUUGGUAUGCGUUUGGGACAAGUCCAGUCUCGAACGUGAACUCCACCACAUACGCGCACAUCCCGAUUGCGACGUCACAGGACUUUGUACAUUGGAAUCUGACCGGUUUGGAUGCAUUGCCCAUUGUUGGGGCAUGGGAAGCCGAGGAGAACCAUCUUGCUCCUGAUGUUAUCCAGAGGGACGACGGGAGGUUUGUUCUUUACUAUGGCGGGGAGGUGAAGAACUGGACAGCCCACCACUGCGUUGGAGCUGCAGUCUCCAAUGGCACCAGUCCUCUGGGCCCAUACCAUCCUGAGGACAAGCCUCUAGCCUGUCCCAAAAACAACGGUGGUGCUAUUGACCCGUCCCCCUUCCGGGACGUUGACGGUACACUCUAUGUCACCUAUAAGGUAGACGAGAACAGCAUCGGACAUGGAGGGAACUGUGACAAUAGCGUCAAACCAAUACUUCCAGUUCCAAUUAUGCUCCAGCAAUUAGAGAGUGACGGUGUCACACCAGUCGGUGACCCUGUCGAGAUCCUCAGCAGGGACAGCAGCGAUGGUCCUCUUGUUGAGGCGCCGGCCAUUGUCCGGACAGAACAGGGCAUGUAUUACCUGUUCUUUUCCUCCAAUUGCUACAACAACCCAGCCUACAACGUCAAAUUCGCCUGGUCGCAGUCGCUCAAGGGUCCUUACACAAGGGCUUCACGGCCGUUGCUGCAGACCGAUGACUAUGGCCUUAGAUCUCCAGGAGGGGCGGAUGUCUCCAGCGACGGAAAGAAGAUGGUCUUUCAUGCAUACUGUAGUGCGACUGACAGAUGCAUGUAUGCGGCUGCCAUCGAUAUCAGAUCGAACGAAACGAUCGCAUUCACCGCAGUUUAA